AUGUUCAAAUUUUUUGUUUUAUUUAUUUGUUCCUACUCUGGGAAUAUAGUAAUUGACAUAGAUGUAGAUGUGAAUUUCAGUGAAGAUGGAAAUUUGUUAGAAUUAGUAAGAGAAGAAUAUCUUAUCACAUAAAAAAUUAGCAACGCAACUUUCUAUCUGACAGUAAGUGAAGAAGAUAUUGCCAAAUAUAUAUUUUUAGAAAUUAAUUUUUAAUAUCCGAAGAAUGGAGAUGUCAAUUUCAUUACAACUGCAGGAAAUAAUAAAUUGACAAGCUUAUAAAAUUCUACUAUCAUGGCUGACUAUGCUGACUAUAAUGCUUACUAUUUGCAUAAAAAUUAUCAUUCUAUUGUAAUUCCUGCCCACCAUUUCAAAUUAAAUGACACUUUAUACAUAACAAAUUUAAUAAGAAAUGAUCGACGCAUUUAUUAAUAUAUCCUUAAAAUAAGAAAACUAGUUGAGUAACCUUGCCCUAAAAAUUGUUCUUCACCUUUUGGAACUUGUAUUAAUGGGAUAUGUUAAUGCAAUUUUAAUAAAAUAGACUUAGAUUGCUCCAUAGAUGCAAUUGCUUUAAAUUUGGAUUAACCCCUUGAUAAUUUUACAUUACAAGGAUCAUCCUACUUUUAUUUUUAAUAAGAAACAAAAUUAGAAAAAAUUUAGUUCAGCUUUGGAUUCUAAGGGAAUUUUUAUCAAGAUAAUGUGAAAGUGUCAUUAUCUUACAUGUUCGAAAAUUUUAUAUAUGGUGUUCCUAUUUAAAUUAAUGAAACCUGUACUUUAUCCAAAGAAGCGAUGAAAAUAAGUAGGAUAAUUGACAUCUCAAACUUAACUUAUAAUGCAAAUUUAUAGAGAUUCAAUCGUCUACUUCUCAAAAUAACUACUAAUUAGGAAUCAUUAUUGUAAUUUGAGAUCUCCGAAAAGCCUUCAGAUAAUAGUUAUAAUGACGCAAUCUAAAUUCUAAUUACUAUCUUAAUUUCUUUGGCUUGUGCAUUCCUUACUCUAAUUGUUGGAUGUGCCAUUUAAAAAUGUAGGGCUAAAAGGCACAGAAUUAUCUCAGUGAUACCAUAAAUCUUAUCAGAAUCUUAACCUUAUCUAACAUUAGAAAUAUUACAACAAUGCUUGUAGUAAGCUUAGAAAGGAAAUAAUUAAUGCUCGAUUUGUUAAGAUUAAAAUAAUAACAUGAUAUAAACUCCUUGCUUUCAUACAUAUCAUGCAUAAUGCUUAUUGAAUUGGUUCAAUAACAAUUAAUCCUAUUCUUGUCCUAAUUGUAGAUAAGUAGUCGAUUUUGAAAAAAUUAAGCUGGAGCAGACAAAAUCUAUAAUUUUUUCAAGAAAUAUAAAUCCCUCGAUUAAUUAAUCUUCUAUCAAUUUGAAUCAAGAAUAAGCUCAAAAUUGA